UCAAAGUUAAAAUCUAAAAAGAAUUUAGUUCAUUUUAUUCUAUUGUUCGCUGUAUAAAGGACAUUUCAUUUAUCAGAAAUGUCCAAGUUAAUAGCUUUGAGCGUAAUGCUCAUAGCAUCAGUAGCUGGUGACCAUCCCAUAUCAAUAUAUAGAGAUUUCGAGGAGCUUGUGUUACCUGAAGACGCAGCAACUACCAGGAAUAAUGAACAGUACAGGCUUCCACAGAACGUUAUUCCUCUAGACUAUGAUAUUUACAUAGAUUUGUAUUUCGCUGAACGGACAGACAGACCUUAUAGUUACGAUGGAAAGGAAUAUAUCAUUAUUAAGGCAAUAGAACAGAAUGUAACUCAAAUUGUUCUCCAUUCAAAUGUGGAUUCUAUAAAAGCUAUCAGUGUUCUAACACCUUCUGGUUCACCUGUCCCGUUGAAUACAUUACAACCAAUCACACUAGAGCCCCAGUACCAUUUCUUGAAGAUAAAUCUAGCGCAGGCUUUAGAAGUGUACACAAAUUAUACUCUUAUAAUAGAUUAUUCCAGUACAAUGAAUGAAGGACCAAUGAAACGUGGUAUCUGGAGAGGAUGGUAUAUUGACGAGAACGGCAACGAACGGAUCUACGCCACAACACACUUCCAGCCAUAUAACGCCAGACAAGCUUUCCCCUGCUGGGAUGAACCUCUCUUCAAAGCGGCGUUCAAACUCCACCUGUCAAAACCAACAAGCUAUUCGGGAACUUUCUCGAACACUCGCAUCCAAUCCACAGACAUUCUAGGAAGCCGCACCCGUGACAAUUUCUACGCCACACCAGUAAUGUCUUCCUACCUGGUCACCUUCCUUGUCAGUGAGUCUUUCACGGUAAUAGCCGAGGAUACCUCCUUUAACCCUCCUAUCAGGAUCAUCGGAAGAUCUAACACAGUCGGCUUGGGUGACAUGGCUUUGAACAUGACAGUACAAAUGACUAAAUAUUUCGACGAAUACUUCGGUAUACCAUAUUCCGAUUUGCAUCCUUAUUUGUACAACGAUCACAUAUCUUCACCUGAUUGGGCUUCAGCCGGUACUGAAAACUGGGGUAUGGUUAGUUACAGGGAGCUUUACAUGGUGUUAGACCCGCGUGAGACGAUAAUGUCUGUGGAACACUACGCGGCGACGUUAAUCUCACACGAGCUGGCACACAAGUGGUUUGGCAACCUUAUCACUUGCUACUGGUGGAGUAACACUUGGAUCAAUGAGGGUUUCGCCAGCUACUUCGGUUAUAUAGCUACUUAUGAGGUGUUCCCGCAAUAUGAACAUCAUGAACAUUUCAACUCUCGAUACUUGCAAACCUCUCUCUCCUUCGAUUCAGGAGUAUCCACAGUGCCAAUGAACCAUCCAGUUAACACGCCAGCGCAGGUGACAGGUCACUUCGGCACUAUCAGCUAUUCCAAAGGUGCUGCUGUUCUUAGGAUGACAGCAAAUAUGAUUACUCCUGCAACAUUCAGAAAAGCUUGUCAAUAUUUCUUGCAAAAUAAUGCUUACAAAGCAACUGACCAGUUCGAUCUAUACGCCGCAUUCGCUCAAGCUGUCGAAGAGGAUGGAACUCUAAGAGAGUACCAAAACUUUAACUUCACCGAGUAUUACCGUGUCUGGGUCAACGAGCCUGGCUACCCUCUGCUGACAGUUAACAUUAAUCACGAAAAUGGCGAAAUGGCUCUUAGACAAGAAAGGUUCUUCUUAAGUACGUCGGCGACAAGCGACAGAAUCUAUCCUAUACCAAUUUCAUAUUCAACUAACUCGAAUCGCAACUUCAAUAAUUUGAAACCUGUCUAUAUGCUGUCGUCUGAGAGAGCUGUACUUACGAAAUCCGCGGUGGAAGAAUGGGUUAUAUUUAAUAACUUACAACAUGGUCAUUAUAGAGUGACUUACGAUGACAAGUCUUGGAAUCUGAUUGGUGAUGCCUUGUUUAAUGAUCCUGAAUCUAUACACUACUUAAACAGGGCGCAGGUAGUCGAUGAUGUGUUUGCUUUAAUGCGUUCCGAAAGAAUGACCUUCAACUUUGGCUUCAACUUAUUGAGAUUCCUUCGCAAUGAAGCUAAUUAUCACGUCUGGAACCCGGCUAUCAGCGGGUUUACUUGGCUCCGUAAUAGACUGCGCCAUUUGCCUGAAGAGCAAGCUAAAUUUGAUGCGUUCAUUAUUAGUCAAAUGGAGCAUGUGAUUGAGACAGUUGGUUUCGACGCCGGUAACGAGGGACCCACUACAAGUCUCACACGCCAAGAAGUCCUUCACUUUGCCUGCAUGCUGGGACACGAGAAGUGUGUGAAGGAAUCACACGAUAGAUUUAUCUCGCUUAAGAAUGGCAAUUGGGUGGAUCCAAGAAUCCGUCGCAAUGUGUACGUGACUGGUAUCAGAGAGGGCGAUCAGAGCGACUUUGAGUUCCUGCUCGGGCGUAUGACUCAAUCCAACUACGCGAACGACCAGCUCGAGAUGCUGCGAGGGCUGGGAGCAGCUCGUACCCCUGAACUAAUUACACGAUAUCUUCAAUUGACAUUGACGAAGGCAGUUCGCUUCCAUGACAAGGCAAAUUCUUUCAACUACGCUCUACUGGGCAACCAGGGCAACGGCUAUCACGUCUUGCAGUUUAUUAAAAACAAUAUCGAUGCCAUCAGAGUAGCGUACAUAGAAGACGCACCUCCAACUCCAGUACACACUUGUAUGGUCAAUCUUGCCUCAUAUCUGGACAAUGCUGGAUUGGACGAAUACGAGGCAUGGCUUCGUAGUACUCAGUUCGGUACUCUCCAGUACGACAGGACACUCUCUGCGAUAACGUCAGCGAGGAAUAACAUUCUUUGGGGCAGUAAUAACGUUGAUGCCAUACUGGAGGCGGCGAAAGGUGGUGCGGUUCAUUUGGUUGUAUCUACAGCCUUAUUGGUCACUACAGUGUUGAUUACUAUGUUCGUUUGAAAUAAUACAUGUAGUUAGUUGUUUAAAUAUAAAUUGACUGAAUUUAA